GCUGCUGAAGGUGGAUCCUCAAGCUGGAGACUCAUGGGGGAACUUAGGCUUAACCACAUUAUUUUCUCCUUUUUUGGCUUAAUUCUUGUUAAAUACCAGAGUAAAUAGAUCGUGUCCAGCAGCGCUUCACCUCCUCCUGCAGCCGUUCGUCAGGGGUUUCCUCCAGGCAGGAAACAGUCCACGGUGGAAAUUCAGUGGAAACCGAUGCUGCUGAUGCUGGCUGGUAAAGCAGGAAGUUAUAACGAUGAAAGAAACAACAGCUGAUUUAUUUUAUACAUAUUUGUCACAGCUGCUGGGUGCAAAGGUCUUUGCUCGGACUCCUUCCUUCACUGUUGUUCUGUAACGCCACCCCUGGAAACAGCUGAUCUGCAGCUUGAAGGCGGGUCUGAACAACAUGAGCUGAACACUGAGAGCUGACAGCCUCCUACUCUGCACAGACACGUGAUUUGUAGAUCAGAGCUCAGACUAGUUUCAUGUUUGAGGAAGUAAAACUGUCUCAGUCUCAGUUAUCCAGAGGUGAAAUGGCGCAGAAAGGAGCUCAGCUGGACCAGGAAACCUUUUCUUGUUCGAUCUGUUUGGAGGUUUUAAAGGAUCCGGUGACUAUUCCCUGUGGACACAGUUACUGUAUGAACUGUAUUAAAACCUACUGGGAUGAAGGAGAGAAGAAACUCCCCAGCUGUCCUCAGUGUAGAGAGACAUUUACACAGAGGCCUGUGCUGGUGAAAAACACCAUGUUUGCUGCUUUAUUAGAACAGAUGAAGAAGACUGGACUCCAAGCUGCUCCUGCUGAUCACUGCUAUGCUGGACCUGAAGAUGUGGCCUGUGAUUUCUGCUCUGGAAGAAAACUGAAAGCCAUCAAGUCCUGUUUAGUCUGUCUGGCCUCUUACUGCGAGAAUCACCUUCAACCUCAUCAUGAUGUGGCUCCAUUAAAGAAACACAAGCUGGCGGAUCCCUCCAAGAACCUGCAGGACAACAUCUGCCCCCGUCACGGUGAGGUGAUGAAGAUGUUCUGUCGUACUGAUCAGAAGUGCAUCUGUUAUCUCUGCCCCGUGGAUGAACAUAAAGGCCACGACACAGUCUCAGCUGCAGCAGAAAGGAAUGAGAGGCAGAGAGAGAUGGAGGUGAGUCGACAACAAAUCCAGCAGGAGAUCCAGGACAGAGAGAAAGAUGUGAAGCUGCUUCAGCAGGAGGUGGAGGCCAUCAAUCAGUCUGCUGAUAAAACAGUGGAGGACAGUGAGGAGAUCUUCACUGAGCUGAUCUCUCUCAUCCAGAAGAGAAGCUCUGAUGUGAAGCAGCAGAUCAGAUCCCAGCAGAAAACUGAAGUGAGGAGAGUCAGAGAGCUUGAGGAGAAGCUGCAGCAGGAGAUCACUGACCUGAAGAGGAGAGACAUUGAGAUGAAGCAGCUCUCAGACACCGAGGACCACAACCAGUUUCUCCACAACUACCUCUCACUGUCACCACUCAGUGAGUCCACACCCUCCUCCAGCAUCAGCAUCCGUCCUCUCAGGUACUUUGAGGAUGUGACAGCAGCUGUGUCAGAGGUCAGAGGUCGACUACAGGACAUCCUGAGAGACAUGUGGACAAACGUCUCACUGACCAUCACUGAUGUUUUACUGUCAGAAUCAGAACCAAAGAGCAGAGCUGGAUUCUUGAAAUAUUCAUGUGAAAUCACUCUGGAUCCAAACACAGCACACACACAGCUGUUACUGUCAGAGGAGAACAGAAAGGUGACUUUUAUGAAGAAACAUCAGUCUUAUUCUAGUCAUCCAGACAGAUUCACUUCAUAUCGUCAGGUCCUGAGUAGAGAGAGUCUGACUGGACGUCAUUACUGGGAGGUGGAGAAGAAAGCAGAUAGAGUUUUUGUAGCAGUUUCAUACAAGAAUAUCAGCAGAUCAGGGGGGUGGAAGGAAAGUGGAUUUGGAGGAAAUUACAAAUCUUGGUCACUAUAUUGCUACUCAAACAGUUAUGAAUUUGGUCACAACAACAUCAAAACCUCCAUCUCAGGUCCUCAGAGCUCCAGAAUAGGAGUUUACCUGGAUCACAGAGCAGGUGUUCUGUCCUUCUACAGCGUCUCUGAAACCAUGACCCUCCUCCACAGAGUCCAGACCACCUUCUCUCAGCCGCUCUACGCUGGAGUUUGGGUUGGUGACACUUCUGGACACUCAGCUGAGUUCUGUAAACUCAAAUAG